AAAAACUUGUAAUAGAAGUACAAAAGAUGGGAGGGGUAACACAAGCAUCAUGUUACAGUCAGCACUUUACUUAUUCAUUAAGACGAUUCCUGUGUUAAUUAUUCAAGCCUUUAAUUAGUUUCCCAAUGUUGCUGCAUUCAAAUAAGGACUAAAUGAAAGCAGUCAAAGCCAGGUUAAUAUGUAGUGUUGGUGCGUUACUUCAUAAAGGAACACUUUAAUUGUAAUUGUAGCUCUAGUGCAGUGGAGGAGUUGAUUUAUUUGGACUUUUUAACCAAAAUAUCACGAGAUUCUGCGCCUGUGUCCUCGCGAGACUUCAACCCCAGCGUCUCUCCCGCAUCAAGCUGGUCGCCUGGCGGUCCGUUGACGGUUUUGUUGCAGUCGAGAACUCCGCAGUCGAUCGUCAUGGGCAACAUCUUUGGAAACCUGCUGAAGAGCCUGAUAGGCAAAAAGGAGAUGAGGAUCCUCAUGGUGGGGCUGGACGCCGCGGGGAAAACCACCAUUCUUUAUAAGCUGAAGCUGGGCGAGAUCGUCACCACCAUCCCCACCAUUGGUUUCAACGUUGAGACAGUGGAAUACAAGAACAUCAGCUUCACCGUGUGGGAUGUAGGCGGCCAGGACAAGAUUCGGCCCUUGUGGAGGCACUACUUCCAAAACACUCAGGGUUUGAUUUUCGUGGUGGACAGCAAUGACCGUGAGCGUGUGAAUGAAGCCCGCGAGGAACUCAUGAGGAUGCUGGCUGAGGAUGAGCUGCGGGACGCCGUUCUUCUUGUCUUUGCCAACAAGCAGGACCUGCCCAAUGCCAUGAACGCGGCAGAGAUCACCGACAAACUGGGCCUGCACUCCUUGCGUCAUCGCCACUGGUACAUCCAAGCCACCUGUGCCACCAGCGGGGACGGCCUCUACGAGGGCUUGGACUGGCUGGCCAAUCAGCUGAAGAACAAAAAGUGAAAGAGCCUCCAUGUUGUACUUCUUAUGGAUGCAUACGUGGAGAGGAAGCGCUGAAGGCUCCUUGCAGUUGACUCAGUGCCCCCCCCCCCCCCACCUCCUCCCCUCAAAAACCUCUCAUAUUCUUUUACUGCAUUAUUUAUUGCUUUGUUUGGAUCUACGGGGACAGUUUUUAAUCAUGUGACCUAAGUACCUUGCAUUCUAUACACUGGAUACAUAAUUAUCAGGAUGAACCAUGUUUAUGAUAUAAAGUUACUGUAAAGGAAUACAGACCUGAUCUAAAUCUUAAGACCAGUUGAAAAAUAGAUGCACAUUUGGAUCUUAAUGAGGUUUUAAGUAGAGCUGCAAUACGCAAAAGAUUGAAGGGGGCGUAUGACAAAAAACACAUUGAAAAAUGAAUUUAUUGAAAAGAACAAUUGAAGUGAAAUAGGAUGUUUGUCAGCUCAUCAAAAGUCUUAGCUUAUCACUCCAAAAAUUACUACAAAUUCUCAGUACCACCCAGUAAGGAGUAGCUCUAACGUUCUUGUUAAUUACUUUAACAAAGAGAUCUGGGCAUGCUUGAUGAGUGUUUCCAGGAGGCUAUUAGGAACGUUGCUCCAAGUGGUGAAGAUGGCUUCACCAAGGAAGUGAUGGCCAUUUUUAUAAACUUGGAUGGUCCAAAAGAGUGAUGCUAUACCCCGUGAAGAACAUCUGCCCAUAACCUGUCGCCGUUUGACGACCCUGCACCAACAGAAGCUCCGGUAUUCCACUGAAUGAAAAAGCACCCCUGAUCAUGAUGGACACUCCCUGGGAAAACAUCUCAGGUGGGAUCUCCUUGUCAUGCCGUAACAUUGGAAGCCAUCUGGACCGCCAAGGUUACAUUUUUUCUUAUCAGAGAAUGAAACUUUUUUCCACCUUUCAAUGUCCCAUGUUUGAUGCUCCGUGGUCAAAGGUCAAAUUGUUUUUUUUUUUUUAAACCUUUUUCCCGCAGAAGGUCAUUUCUGAAUGUUUUUUUUUGUCCCC